AUGGAUUUAUUCUUCCAGCGUCAUUUUCAUCGAUGGCAAAAGAGACAAAAGUACUCGGUUCCUGUCUCUCAGCCUGCAGUUCUAGUCAGCAAAGCACGGAGGCGUUCUAGUGUUGGGCUGCCCUCUGCAGCGCUACUAGAAAGCAGGCGUUCCUCAAGUGGCUUGCCACCACUUCCUUAUCAGAGGCGCCCCAGUGUUGGCAUUUUGGUGGCCAGUGGACAGAAACGACAUUCCAUUAAAGAUGGCGCCUUCACCUUCAACUCAAGCGACUCUGCAGAUGAAGCUGGAUUUGCGAUACCUAAUAUUUCAAUGAAAAAAGAAGGAAGUGCAUUUCAUUACAAACGUAAUGGACACCAAACCUCCACAGUUUUUUCGAGUGGGCAUCGAAGAAGGGCAGUGCGUUACUGUCGACCCUCCAAAGACAAUUCAAUUCAACCUCAUUUGCUUUGUUCCUCCAUGCUACUUGCAAGUGUUGUCCAGACGGGUAGUAGUGCAAAAGAAAGACAAGCGGAAGAAUCUAGUGUCUCACUUAGUUCCUGCUCUGGAUCAGAUGGUGAGAAUGCCUGCGUCCAGGAAGAAGAGGAAAUCGAAGUGAAAAUUGAAAAUCCCAAUCAAAUAAGAGAUGACGGGCCUGGAACUCGAGUGCAUUUACCCAAAGUGGUUGCAAGGGAAAGCAUUAAACCACGACCCUUCCUUCGACCUCCUCGUUGUCUAAGACGGAACUCCUCCCAUCUCCUCCCAGCUGAGUUCAUCUAUCGGACCAGCGAAAUGCGUUAUGGCCUUUAUGGUCGCUAUAAUCAUCGGAGGUCGAGUAAUGGUCCUGAAGUUAUAAACACACGGUUUCAGAAUUCCACCAGCAGCCGCAGUCUAAAGCAGAUAGCCUCAGCAGAUCUAAAGUUGGAUCCUGAGCCACUACUUUAUGAACCUACUCUCCCUAAAAGCAGCUCGUCCCAGCUCAGUGAAUCGGAGGGCUUGACAUACUAUGAUCCAUAUCUGGAAACAUGGGAGAACUUCCUAUCGAAAGCAAUAGCAAAAUCUGGUCUACAAAAUCUGCCCUGUCAACCCACUACUUCAUCUUUAACUCGACUAGAGCCAGAAUCAAGGAUCCGCAGCACUGUUGACUGGACUGAGUCUGCUCAGUAUGGAGAUCAUAUCUGGUUUGAGACUAAUGUGUCUGGAGACUACUGUUAUGUGGGAGAACAACACUGCAUUGCCAGAGGACUGCAAAAGUCAGUCACCCGGAGGAAGUGUGCUGCUUGCAAGAUAGUUGUCCACACUAUCUGUAUUGAGCAGCUGGAGAAGAUUAGUUUCAGAUGCAAGCCAUCUUUCAGGGACUCUAAUUUCAAAAACAAUCGAGAGCCCAAUGUACGUCAUCACUGGGUCCAUCGACGAAGACAAGAUGGAAAAUGUAAACAAUGUGGCAAGGGUUUCCAGCAGAAGUUUACCUUCCACAGUAAAGACAUUGUUGCUAUUAGCUGUUCUUGGUGCAAACAGGCGUUCCACAACAAGGUGUCCUGUUUCAUGUUGCACCAAAUUGAAGAAGUUUGUCCAAUAGGAGCUCACGCUGCCCUCAUUGUUCCACCCUCAUGGAUUGUUCGAGUACGGCGCUGCCAGGCAUCUAUGAAGUCAAGUAAGAAGAAAAAAAGGACAUCCUUCAAGAGGAAAAGCAGUAAAAAAGGAGUUGAGGAUGUACGACAAUGGAAGCCCUUCAUCGUACGGCCCAUUCCUUCGCCAUUGAUGAAACCGCUGGUGGUGUUUGUCAACCCCAAAAGUGGAGGAAACCAGGGCACUAAAAUCCUUCAGUCUUUUAUGUGGUAUCUGAACCCGAGGCAGGUUUUUGACCUGAGCCAAGGAGGACCCAAAGAGGGUUUGGAGCUGUAUCGUAAAGUUCAUAAUCUCAGGAUUCUGGCCUGCGGAGGAGAUGGAACAGUGGGAUGGAUCCUGUCCUGCCUUGAUGAACUUGCGUUGAAUCCUCAACCACCUGUUGCAGUGUUACCACUUGGGACAGGAAAUGACCUCGCUCGAACUCUCAACUGGGGAGGGGGCUAUACAGAUGAACCUCUAUCCAAGAUUCUGUCUCAUGUUGAGGAUGGAACUGUAGUCCAGCUUGACAGGUGGAAUCUAUUGGUUGAAGCCAACCAGAGUGCCGGCGCUGAGGUGGAUGAGCAGCAAACUGAUAAGCUUCCCCUGGAUGUGUUCAACAAUUACUUCAGCCUAGGAUUCGAUGCACACGUAACGCUAGAGUUCCAUGAAUCAAGAGAGGCCAACCCAGAGAAGUUUAACAGUCGUUUCAGGAAUAAGAUGUUCUAUGCUGGGACUGCAUUCUCAGAUUUUCUCAUGGGAAGCUCGAAAGACCUGUCAAAACACAUCCGUGUUGUGUGUGAUGGGACAGAUUUAACAUCAAAGGUUCAAGAUUUAAAGCUUCAAUGUUUGGUGUUUCUCAACAUCCCCAGGUACUGUGCAGGUACCACACCUUGGGGAAACCCAAGUGAGCAUCAUGAUUUUGAACCUCAGCGUCAUGACGAUGGAUACAUAGAAGUCAUUGGAUUCACCAUGACAUCAUUGGCUACACUUCAGGUUGGAGGUCAUGGCGAGAGGUUGAAUCAGUGCCGUGAAGUAACCCUCACCACUACGAAGCCUCUUCCUGUACAGGUGGAUGGGGAACCAUGUAGACUCGCUCCCUCCAUCAUCAACAUCAGCCUUAGAAACCAGGCCAAUAUGGUCCAGAAAACCAAAAGGCGAACAUCGUUGCUACACCUCAAAGAUCAACAGCCGGUCCCGGAGAGGCUGAGGCUUCGAGUCAACAGAAUCAGCAUGAGUGACUAUGAUGCUCUGAACUACGACAAAGACAAAUUGCGACAAGCGUCUAUUCCACUUGGAAUUAUAGUAGUUCCAGGUGACAGCGACUUAGAGACGUGCAGGGAACAUAUCCAGCGUUUACAAGAGGACUUCUCCUCUGUUCAUUCCUCUUUGAGAUGUAAGGGACCUAAGAAAGAAGCUGUCAAGACAAAGAAUAUUUCCUUGCAGCGAUUGUCCCCAAAGUGGUGUUUCCUUGAUCCAACCACAGAGGAUCGUUUUUACAGAAUUGACAGAGCACAGGAACAUCUGAACUAUGUGUCAGAAAUUUCCCACGAGGAACUCUUUAUCCUAGACCCAGAGUUGAUUGUUACUAUGACAGUUAGCACCUCUCCUACUGCGAUGCCCGACCUGGUCCAUCCUUCAUCCAGUUUGGCCAAUAACGGGGAAAGCAGCUUAAAUCAGAAUCCCAUUGAUGUGUUUGUCUUCCCUGUGGAUUCCUGUCUCUCUCCAUCAUCAUCUUGCAAGAUGAACAGUGACAGCUCUGCCUCAGCACUGAGUUCAACACCUGAGGCUAGAUAUCUACAAAGAAAAGGUUGUAUCCAGCGCCCUAUCAACACUAAUGAUGAGCUUAAAAUAGUAAUGAGACAUGAAAUGGAGCAAAAGUCAAGUGCUGCAGGGGGAGAUGAAGAAAAAGAGCUGCUGAUACAGUGUGUAAAGAACAACAAUAUGAAAAAGCUUCAGGAGCUACAUGAGAAAGGAUGUGACCUCACAUGUGUUGACCAAUCAGGCUGCAGCCUGCUGCACCAUGCUGUCAGUAUGGGAAGCAAGGAGAUGGUUCGCUUCAUCCUUGACAACGCUCCAAAUGACCUCAUUGAUGUGACAGAACACAUAAAGGGUGAAACAGUUCUUCAUCGAGCCGCGUCACUGUGUCACAGGACCAUCUGCCAUUACCUGGUAGAAGCAGGAGCCUCGCUGAUGAAAACUGACAUGCAGGGUGAUACCCCAAAGAACCGAGCCGAGAGGGCUCAUGAUGCUGAGCUGGCAGCUUACCUGGAGAACCGGCAACACUACCAGAUGAUCCAGAGGGAGGACCAAGAAACGGCUGUCUAA